AAUGAUAAUGAAAUGUAAAAAAUGCCGAAUAAAGCAACAAUUUUUAUCACUUUUUUUGCUCUUUUUAUUGCAUUAAUCGUAAACAAACAUGAUUUCAUUCGACAGACCAUUGAAGAAUUAUUUAAAAUGUAUCGAACUGAAUUUGAUGAAAUGUCAUUGUUGAGAAAAACAUCAAUAAAAUUUGUACCGCCAAGCUCAAUAUGGUGUUCAUCAUCGAAUCCCGAUGAAGAGAAAUACUGUCGAUUUGAAACGCUGUGUUAUCGAACCAAUUCGAAUGAAUAUUUUCUUCUAUUUGAUUCAAAUUCUUCCAUUUUUUAUCCACCAUCUUUAUUCAUUACAAAUCAUACGAUAUUUUUUGGUCGUUUAUCUGCCGUUUGGGAUCAUAAUAGAUUUUUGAUAAAAUAUCUAGCUACUAUACCAUUCGAACGUAGAGAAGAGCUAAGAAAUGGAUCUCAAUUCUAUUGGAUUCCUGGACAUACAUUGAUUAUGAGUCGUUUUAAACCGGAUAAUUUACUUCAUCUAAUACACGAUGAUAUCUUGCCAUUACAGGCUACCAUUCGAGAACAAAUUGGAACCAACAUGAUUGAUAUAUUAUUUUUUAAUGAUCAUUGGCCAUUGUUAUUAGGACAUCCUUUCUUCAAACAACUGACAAAACGAGUAUUUUCACAAAAUGAAUUUACAUCUGAAUCUGUAAUCUGUUUUCAAAAUGCUUAUCUAGGUCUAUCUACAUCAACUGUUUGGUAUCAAUAUGGAUUUAAGCGACCACAAUCACCUAUACCAAGAAAACUAGAAGAAUAUCGUUACAUUCAAAUACAAGUUAAUGAAUUACGCGAAAAACUGUUUUCACUGAUGAGAUUAGAUCGAAUUGAUUGUCCUCGACGAAAUAUUGUACUUAUUGCACGUGAAGAAAAUCGUCGAAUCCUAAAUCUCAAUGAAUUUUCACGAUAUAUUUCGAAGAAAUUUAGCAACAAUCUUGAUGUUAUUCUUGUAUCACGUGAUAAAAUCGAUAAUUUUAUAGAAUUGAAACAAUUGAUCAACAGAGUGAUGUGUGCUGAAAAAUUUGUUGCAAUGCAUGGCUCUGAACAAAUAUUGGCCUUGUUCAUUAAACCACCAGCUAACAAUCAAAUUGAGGUGAUAGAGUUAUUUCCAUAUGGCAUUGAAGCCGAACGUUCAACCAUAUAUCGAACAUUUGCUGAAUCGAUAUUGGGAUAUAGAUAUUCGGCCUGGACGAAUCCGAUUCGCGCUAAUACACGUUUUCCCAACGAAAACGUACAUGGAUUAUCGCAUCUAACCGAAGAACAAAAGAAUUCCAUUCAAAAAUCGAUUGAUGAACCUCUUGAACCAUUUUUAUGUUGUGACCAUUUAGGAUGGUUAUAUCGAAUCUAUCAGGAUACUAUUGUUGAUAUAAAUAUAUUCAAUAGAUUUCUCGACGAAAUGAAAAUGACGACUGAUCAACAUCAUCAUUCAUCAUCAUUAUUGUUAUUAAAUCAUAAUCACCAAUUUUGGAAUUUUGGCGAAGUGCAAAAUCUUCGUUGUCAGUUUAUUAGCAUAAAAAAUGAUGAAGACAUUGACAGAAUAAAAAUUGAAUGGGAUCCGCCUUGGAACUUGCCAUUCAUCAUAGAACAACAACAAAAACAUGAAUCUCAGCGACAAUACCAUUACGAAGUAAUCAUACAAAAAGAAAAUGAUACUGAUCUUAAACAGCCUGUACAACAUAACGUUUAUCAUACAAGCAACACUUGGUUUGAAUUGAAGUACAAUGAAAAUAGUUUUCAUUGUUUUCAUGUAUGGAUUAAAAUAAAACUUAAUCGCGAUAAAAGUGAAAACGGUAUAAUCAAAAGUCAUUUUAAUCGACGACCAUUGUUUUGUUGUCAAAAUGAUGAUGGUAGUACAUAAAAAAAAUUAACGAACAAAAAAAUGAUAUAAUUUUUUUCGAAUUUUCGACAAUGUCGUAUUUGAAAUACAAUUACAUUAGUAUUUUAAUGUCAUAA